UAAUAUCAUGGCUAAGAGAUUCGAAGCCUGUCGACUUAUCUGACCCAAGGAUCAGCAUACCCAGACCAGGAGCUUUAAAAUUGUCAAACGCGAAAUCCUCAGAUACUUCACUGUUUGUUUGUGUUGCGACCAACAGUUUGGGAAUGACUUAUAGCAGACAAGCACGACUCUUGCACAUAGUGGUUAACACGAAGCCAGUCAUCACCAAACCCCCUAUGCCUAUCACAGUCAACCCAGAGACAGAUGUCCACCUAAACUGCACAGCAACAGGCACCCCACAGCCAGAUAUCCGCUGGGAGCAUAAAGGAGUCACUGUAGGUUAUAGCGUGUUGACCAUUGAAAAUAUCCAGAAGUCUGGUAACUACACAUGCAUCGCAGAAAACUCCGUAGGAAGUUCUCGAGCUUCUACUUCUGUUACUGUUAGAAAGGUGCCAUUCACUCCGACUAAACCCACUCAGGCUCAGAGAACCGCUUAUUCGAUCACCGUUACUUGGCAACCCACUGGAAAUCACUCAAUAGAUUCUUACACUCUAUAUUACCGUGAAAAGAGCGCUAGCAAGUGGAUUCUGGUAAAGGACAUUCGUGGGCGAACUUCUACGACACUUGAUAACCUGGAGCCCUAUACUACUUAUCAGUUCCGAGUUUUUGCCGUGAAUAACAUAGGAUUAAGCAAACCUAGCCCUUUGGCUGAAAUGACAACGUUGGAAAAAGCUCCUGGAACACCACCAACAAACGUUCAAGCGUGGGGAAUCUCCGACACAUCAUUCAAAGCGACAUGGCUACCACCCAGUCAGCCAAAUGGUCGCUUAACAGGAUACCGCUUGUACCUGACUACUAAUUUAAAAGGAAAAUGGCUAUACAGGGUGUCAGGAGAGAACGAAAUGAUAGUGAGAGGAUUACAGAAAAAGACCACUUACUAUUACACAUUAUAUGCGUACAAUAACGUUGGUGAGGGGCCUUACUCAGGGACGUAUGCUGUAAAAACUUCAAAGGGAGCGCCUGGGCAGCCUAAAAAUGUUCGUGUUAAAGUGCUGUCACCAAGAUCGAUUCAAGUCACAUGGAAGGCUCCGACUUUCAUUGGAAAUGGUAUAUACGUGUAUGAGGUUUAUUGCAACAAGUCACGCAAAACUGUAAACACUUACACAGUUGCAAAUGACUUAUUUGCUUACGAGAUACGAGGACUUCAUCCCCACACCAACUACCGGAUCCAAGUGGCCGCCAGAUCUAGUGAUGUUGGGCCAUUGUCGUUCGCCAAGGUUGUGAAAACAUUGGAAGACGUUCCCAGUGCACCUCCAGCUAACAUUAGCAGCACAAGCGUGGAGCCGACUAUUCAUGAGAUCAGCUGGGAUCCCCCUCCACUUGGCCAUCGCAAUGGACGAAUAACAAACUACACCAUCAAGUACAGAGAAAAAGGAAAAAAUGAAACUUUUUUGACUGUUGAUGGAAAUAAAUUAUCUGUCCGUCUACACAAUCUAAAGAAGUAUACCACGUACUUUGUCUGGGUGACAGCGAGUACGUCAGUUGGGCCUGGGCCGAGGUCUAGCGAGCACAACUUCACCACAGAGGAAGACAUUCCCAGGGAAGCGCCUCGUCAUCUCAAGUGCGAUGUGCUGAAUUCGACUGCUAUCAGAGUCCGCUGGUCAGCCCCACUGCAGUCGCAGGGUGGACGUAUCCGAGGCUAUGUUGUAUUCUAUACAAAAGUCGAUGAUCUUGGUGAAGAACUGAUUCCACCCGAGCAAACUCAAGUUAAAUUUACUGCUUCCGAACAUCAAUUGUCCCUAAUGUUAACUGAACUUGAUCCUGAUUCAACGUACGAAAUAGAAGUUUCAGCCUACUCGAAUAAAGGAGACGGAAAGCGAAGCAUCUCAGUGCUUGCGAAGACCUUACCCAAGCCACCGGAUGCACCAUACGUUACUGGCAAAGCGGGCUCUUCCUCUUCAGGGACUGACGUUACGAUUAAAUGGUUCACAGCAGCCCCUAAUAUCUUGUCCUAUAGGUUGCGGUAUGGGAAGUCUUUGCACAAUCUCCGUGGACGGGAUCAUUCUAAAGUCAAACUGAAAGAAAUGCCGUUUCCUCCUCAAACCAAGGAACAUUUGUUUAAAGAGCUUGACUUAGGGGUGUGGUAUCUGUUCAAAGUCUCUAUACAAAGUACAGCCGGCUGGUCACUAGAAACACCAUUUUGGGUUCAAAUGCCUCCGGGUCCCCCAACAGGACCCCCUCUUCAGGUCAGGUCUCAGGCGGUUUCAUCAACUGAAAUUCGUGUAACUUGGCUAGAGCCGGACAAGUGGCAACGUAAUGGACCUCUUAUUGGGUAUACUGUGGUAUACAACCCGCUUAAACGGAAGAGACGGGUGGGAGUUAAAAAUAUCACCAACCCGAACCAAACGCAAGCGCUCCUAACGGGGCUCAGAAUGUUCACUGAAUAUGAGAUUCGAGUCCGAGCCCUUGGCUUGAAGGGUUCUGGGCCCUUGAGUCGCCCUGUUGUCGAGAAGACAAAUGAAGGAGUUCCCAGUCCUCCUCGCGGCCUCUUGGAAGUAGCCCGAAGCACUGACGCUAUUACAAUAUCAUGGCAACCGCCCAAGUCUCCAAACGGUGAAGUGUUGAGUUAUCUAGUAAUCUAUUCGGAUGCUGUGAAGCUUCCCCUCUCCCAAUGGAGUUCUAGAGGAGUCAAGGGUCUUCGAGCAACCUUAAAGGCCCUGUCACGUGACACGAAGUACUGGAUUCGUGUCGCCGCUGAGACGUUGGUUGGCACCGGCAAUUAUUCUUCGCCAAUCUUCGUAAAGACCUUGAAAUACGACCUGCCAGAAUCUUGCCAAGAUCUGCAAUUCGAGUCUAAAGGUAGCGACUUGGUAGUACUGAACUGGAAACCCCCAGUUACGGAUGCAGGAAUAACCAAAUAUAAGAUAACAUAUUCCGGCACGAAAUCCUACACGGAGAAAGGCGAACGGAAACAGCUCUCUCACAUUCGCGAUGUGAAGUUGGACGCUGUCUCGCCCGGUCUUCAAUCGCACACCCUAAAAGGACUUGUUCCCCACACAACCUACAAGAUAGAAUUGUCAGCGGUUAAUUCCAUGGGCGAGGGGCCAAGUACAACUUUAACACUAAAAACCGACACGGGUAAACCUCCAGCUCUAACAAGACCCGUCAUCAUCGAGGAAAAAAGUUCAAAUGAGUAUUUGCCCAUGAAAUUGGAGGCUGCGUCAGAGAGAAAUGGACCAAUCAGCCAUUACGUAGUAAUCGUUGUGCCGCUGGGCAAAAGCAAUCAGCUUCCCAAAGACAAAUCCCCGGAUGACUUCUUCGGAGAACUGAGGCGAAAGAGAGAGGCCGAGGGUACCAACGAAGAGCCUUACAUCGCCGCAAAAUUCAGCCCAUCAGAACUACCGACGACAUUCAACGUGGGAGAUGAAAGCUUCAAGAAUCUUUAUGGUUACUACAAUAAAAAGCUGACCAAGGGAUCUUACUAUACGAUGUUUACAAGAGCUUAUGUGAAAAGCGACAAAGGGGACGUGUUGUAUACAUCGAGUCCAUUUGUAACACCUGUAAAGUUCGGUGACAGUUCAAAGGGGGGUUUUACUGGUGCUGCGCAGGACCCGGAGGAACACGCCGGAGGAGGACUGAACAUGAUGUUUAUAAUCAUCCCAGUAGCCGCUUUAAUCGCGCUUACCGCCAUCAUUGUUAUUGCAGUCGUUGUUUGUAGAAGGAGAAAAAGAAAAAGUAAAAAGUCCAAAUCUUUGGAUGAUGAUAAAUCAGAACCAUCAGAUCCUGUAGAAAUGAAGAGAAUGACGAUCCAAACACCAGCCAUGAUGGACCAUCCUCCAAUCCCUGUCUCCGAGCUUCUCAAUCACAACAAUAGCUUAAAAGCUGAAAAGAAUUCUAAAUUUUUGCAAGAAUACGAGUCGAUUGAACCAGGAGAAACCUUUACUUCUGAAGCCUCAUCACAGGAGUGUAAUAAAUCAAAGAACCGUUAUCCCAACAUUGUUGCUUACGACCAUUCCCGUGUACACUUGUCAAUAGUAGAUGGUAUCGUGGGCUCCGAUUACAUCAACGCUAAUUUCUGUGACGGAUACCGCAAAGAAAACGCGUAUAUUGCCACACAAGGUCCUCUUGAAGAAACAAUCGAGGACUUUUGGCGAAUGAUCUGGGAACACAAAACGUUUACAAUUGUCAUGCUUACAGAACUAGAAGAAAGAGGAAAGAUAAAAUGCGAACAGUAUUGGCCCACCGACGGGGCUGAAUUGUAUGGUGAUAUUGAAGUUACAGUAACAGACUGGAUUGAGUUUGCCAAUUACACAAUUACAACGCUACAGAUAUGCAAGGAGGGAGCCCCGCAGCCCAGAGAAGUGAAACAUUUCCAGUUCGCUGGCUGGCCUGAUCAUAGUGUCCCACCCCAUCCUACUCCCUUCCUUGCAUUCCUCAGAAGAGUCCGUUUCUAUAAUCCUACAGACGCAGGCCCCAUAGUGGUGCACUGCAGUGGUGGUGUUGGUAGAACAGCCUGCUUCAUCGUCAUUGACUCCAUGCUAGAAAGAGUGAAACAUGAAAAUACCGUCGACAUAUAUGGACACGUGACUGUGCUAAGAACCCAACGUAACUUCAUGGUCCAGAACGAGGAACAAUACAUCUUUAUUCACGACGCACUCCUUGAAGCAGUAUCCUGCGGCAAUACAGAAGUUCAUGCGAGGAACCUUGUGCAACACAUUAAGCGACUCACAGAACCUUCGGAAGGCGGAACGGCCGGUUUAGCGGAGGAAUUCAGAAAGCUUAGUAACCCAAAUCAAGCUCGCCGACUGAAGCAGGGAACAGGAAGUCUGACACAUAACAGAUCAAAAAACAGAUUGGCCAACAUUUUACCAUACGAAUCAACAAGAGUGCAGUUGAUAUCUACUCGCGGCAUCGAAGGCUCUGACUACAUUAACGCAAGUUACAUUGACGGCUAUCGUCAGAGAGGUGCUUACAUCGCUACACAAGGUCCUUUGCAGGAAACCGUGGAUGACUUUUGGAGAAUGUUAAUGGAAAAUAACUCAAACAUCGUUGUCAUGUUGACGCAGCUUUACGAAGGAGACAGGGAGCGUUGUUACCAGUACUGGCCGACUGAUCGCUCCGCAAAGCACCAGUAUUAUAUAGUGGAUCCUGUGUCUGAACAAGAAUUUCCUCAGUUUGUUAUCAGAGAAUUCAAAGUUAAAGAUAUCAUGAACGACAAUGUACGAAACAUAAAACAGUUCCACUUUCACGGAUGGACCGAAAGUGUCCCCAAGAGCGGUGAGGGUAUCUUGGAGUUAAUAGGCCAAAUACAAAGAACAUACGAACAGCAAGAGGAGGAAGGCCCCAUCACAGUGCACUGCAGUGAUGGUGUUGGUAGAACUGGAGUAUUCUGCGCCCUUUCUAUCGUGCUAGAGCGCAUGCGCUCUGAGGGAGUGGUAGAUUUGUUCCAGACGGUGAAACUUCUUAGAACGCAGAGGCCAAACAUGAUUCAAAAUAAGGAACAAUACCUAUUCUGUUACCAAAGAGCUUUAGAAUACCUCAGCUCGUUCGACCAUUACGCCGUGUGAGAAAUCAUGGAGUGUGAGCCGACAAUUUGUAAUGAAAACUUGCAAUAACUUCUUUCGCAAGGUAGAAUGCAAAUAUGUAGGAAAUCAUAGCUACAAAAACCGCAAUUAUUACAUCUCCCAAAUAUGUCGCAACCGGCAAGAAUUGGAAAAGUUCACCAUGGUUGGAUGAUAAAUUUACAAUCCCGAAAAUGAAUGUGAGCGAGAGUAAAAGAUUAGCAUGGAUCGCCAAGAUGAGCUUUCGUCUCGAAGCCAACCUAGACAUGGAAACAGGAUUUGUGACGAAGCGUAAACACAGUAUCUAAUCUGUGAAUAUUGGUAUAUUUAUUUUAAUGGAUGCCAGAGCUAUCAGUAGUUUGAUAAGAGAGGAGCAUCGGAGAGAAAUGAAGUCAAUUUCUCGAGAUUUAAAGUGAAAAGACAUUGAUUACGAAACGGAGGGUAAGGACAAGUAUGAGAAAAGUGGCAUAGAUGUUGACGCUCAAUAAGAAAAUUUAUAUAUUAAAAAAAAAAAUAGACAGUUCUAAUGGUCGCAAUACAUUGACAAAAAAAAGUUUUUAAAAUUUGGGUCACUUAGAUAAAAUCACCUUGAAAUGCUUUUUGGUGAAGAAGAAGUUUAGCUUUCGAGGCCAAUUUUUAUAUUAGAAGCUAAUAAUCUAUUUCAUUUUCGUAGCGUUUAAAAGAGCGUCAACUUAAGAAAUAUUUAUGCCAAAACAGGCAAUCCUUUUAAUUUUUGUUGAGGUUAUGAGAUAUUUUUUUUUGAAAGGGAUGUGGAAGUCUUCUGGAGUUGUAAGCUGGAUACAUCUUGAAAUUUAAAUAUUUUAUGGAUAUUUUUACAUCAGCAUUAAUUAACAUGAUUCAAAGCGCUCAUUCAUGAUUCUUACGUCGGCUCUAAGGCAACAAUUUUUUUUAAAAUCAUUUUUGAUCAACUUUGUUUUCAUCGAAUGAUAAUCUUAAAUAUUGCCCAUAAUACUUGAUACGGCUGCUAUCUUGAAUGAAUGAAUUUUUGCCCGGAGGAAUCCUUUGAUUUUUUAAUUUUUGAAAAAUUUAUUCAUUUAACAUAACCGCUGCAUCUCUUGUUAUCGAGUGUAUCACUCUACCCAUAAACCCUAUCUCUUAAUUAUAUCCAUGCGUGAUACGAGACUAAUUUUUUUAUAGUUUUUUUAGGUGGGAGUUAUUUCUUCAUAUUUAAUCGCAAAAUUGAUAUAUCGAUGCCGGUAUUACAUAAUUUUUAUCCCGUAAAGUGAGGCAACUUUUACAAAUAGGUUCCCGUCUUCCUUGAGACAAAUGAGAAAAGGUGGGAAGUCUUGGCGUUUAGGAAUCGUCCUCUCCUCAUAAUUUUAAACGCUAUUAAUGAGUUUAGACCCCAACAAUGUGAGCACCAAACGCGAGCAGCUCUUUGAAUAAUCUUUUGUUCACUAAUCUGAUGGUUUCAAUGGGGUAAUGGCUUUUACAGCUAACGGUUAAAACUUUGGCCAAUUUACGUCUAACGGCUGAUAUUUUACUUUCUUUCGAAUUUUUUUUCUUUUUUUUACGGUUAACUUUUUUUACCUCCACCGGUUAAAGUUUAUCAAUUUUUACGCCUACAAGCUAAAACCCCAUUGAAACCUUUUAAUUUUCUCACCGAAUGAUUUUCCGUGAAAGUACACGUUACUUUGGAACCUAUUUUAGUUUGCCAAUUAUGAAACUAUGGAAUAACGAAUAAUUAAGGGUGCAAUUUCCAAACUGAUCCUCUUGCUCUAGCUGCUUUUAACCGUUUUAAUCAAAUCGAAUUACCGACAAAUGCGAUUUAAGUUUUAAAAUCGUUUGUCAGCUCGCUUUUAGAAAUGCCAAAUUUCCCUUAUUUUAGAACUAAGAGUUCAGGCCGCUGAGAUAUCAUACCAAUGCAUCAAGUAUUUAUGUGCCAAACAGAAUUUUUCGUUUAGAUUUAUAGUUGACAGAUGAAUUUUUAACUCUCUAAGUGUAGAUAAUCCAGUGUAUAGAUAGAGAGAAUUAUAUUUUUUUUACAAUGAACAAUAAAGAACAAUUUAAAAUCUC